AUUUGGAGCAUACUUCGUUUUGGAGAAUUCCAAAAUGGGCGACACUUAAUUAAUUUCAUAGAACGGGUGCACAGAUUCUUGUGUUUGCAAAGAGCAUCAGUCUUGAAGUAAUAAGUGUUCCCUCGUCAUCCAGUCCCGGACAGUUCGAGAUGACAGCAGGCACGAGUUUAGUUGUGCCAAUUGUGUUAUGGGGAAGAAUUGCUCCAACACAUUGCAUAUCUUGUAUUUAUCUGUCAAGAGAUCAAAAAACUCUAGUGACUGGAUGUUACGACGGACAAAUAUGCCUCUGGCAAGUAGAUCCAGAUACUCUAAAGAUGACUCCGAGGUGUUUACUUGUUGGACAUACGGCUCCUAUAAUGUGCCUGAGCCGUGCGAGUGUGAUAAUGGAGCAAAACUACAUAGUGAGUAGCAGCGAGAGUGGGGAAAUGUGCACGUGGGAUUUGAUAGAUGGAAAGUGCAGAGAAACGGUCAAACUCAACAACAUCCACACCCAAAUGCUGCCGUACGUUUCUGCAGGAGGUGAAGAUAUCAGGUUAUUCUGCUCUGGUUACUAUCCAGAAGUUCUGGUGAUGGAUCCAUUCAGCCUGGAAGUAUUGUUUACCUUGAGUUCAAGAGUAAAUCCAGACUGGAUAAGUGCGCUGCAUGUCUUGCGACCGGCCAAACGGAAAGGUCGGUUCUACGUGCAUACAAACGAUGUAGUGCUGGCGUUGACGACAACGGGGACAGUCAAAGUUUGGACUCUGCUGGGUCACGAGAAUCGACACAAUGAGCCACUUUACGAACACGAAAGCAAACAAAUUCGUUGUUUAAACGCGUUGGCUAUGAUAUGCUGCCCGUACAAUCAACGAACUGUCCUAAUAGUUUGCUCUAAGUACUGGCAGAUCUUUGACGCUAGUGAUUUCUCAGUAUUGUGUUCCGUAACAGCACCUCGUGGUGAACGUUGGAUGGCAGGGGAUUUUUUGGCUCCUGAUAGAGUGGUUCUUUGGAGCGAUGAAGGUCAUGGUUAUCUCUACAAGCUACCUGCUAACAAGCUGAAGGGCAAGGCUCUCAGCAGUAGCGUGGCAGACAACAAGGAAUUUCACACUCCCGCAGCCGAGUAUGACCAACCAUACUUAUACUACACUCUGACACAGCCAGGCGACAAGCCUCUCUCAUGUCCACCUGCAAUGCGACUGGUGACUGUUCAGAAACAUAACAAAACGAUCAAAUAUCUACUACGAGGUGACAGUGAAGGAGUCGUUGUUUUGUGGACUCUUCCAGAAGUAACUUCACAACAGCUUUUACAAAUCAAUCAAAAUGAUUACAAGCCGCCCAGCUUACCACCAACUAUUAAAACAAGCCUCACAGCUGCCUGGGAGGCAAUGAAACCACCGCCAGUUGGGAUUCUUGAUCAACUGGAUUCUGGAGAUAGUCAUGGGAUAAAAUUAACUGCUAGCAUAUAUUUGCCACAACAAAGCCGAUUAGUAUUAGGCAGAGAAGAUGGCAGUAUUAUUAUUGUACCAGCAACUCAGACAGUCAUGUUGCAGUUAUUACAUGGCAAUCAUCAACAAUAUGAUGAUUGGCCUCCACAUCAAGUUUUACUUGGACAUUCUGGUCGAGUAAAUUGUUUACUCUAUCCCCAUGGAGCUGCACCAAGAUACGAUAGAACACAUUUAGUAUCUGGAUCUGUAGAUUUUGCUGUUUGUUUAUGGGAUUUAUAUGCUGGAACCCUGAUACAUCGCUUUUGUGUUCAUGCUGGAGAAAUCACACAACUAAUGGUACCUCCUGACAACUGCAGCCCUCGACUUCAAAAAUGUGUGUGCAGCGUUGCCUCAGAUCACAGUGUAACAUUACUCUCACUGGCAGAAAGAAAAUGCGUUGUUCUCGCUUCCAGACAUUUGUUUCCAGUCGUCACCAUCAAAUGGCGUCCUCUUGAUGAUUUCAUGAUCGUUGGCUGUUCCGAUGGAGCUGUAUAUGUGUGGCAAAUGGAAACAGGACAUCUGGAUAGAGUUUUACAUGGUAUAAUCGCGGAAGAAGUCCUUUAUGCCUGUGACGAGAAUACCAUAGCAGCAACCGGUGGAACUGCUGGCGGUGGGGAACUCGGCUUGGCUAAUCCAGCUGUGCAUUUCUUCCGGGGCUUGAGGCACAGAAAUCUAUCAGCAAUUCGUCACGCAACACAACGGGGAUUACAUCAGUUACAACAAUUGCAUGGUGGGGCUGGAAAUGAUCAUGGAAAUCAAAUAAAAGCCAAGGGUUCACCGCUGAUGAUACAAGGUCUCAGGACUAAUCCGAAGGAUCCAGAAAGCCACAUAUUGUUCUUCGAUAUCGAAGCUCUCAUUGUUCAAUUACUGAGUGACGAGUAUGGAUCUAUGUCACCCGGUUCUCUGGAGGCUCAGGGGCUGAUUUCUGCUGCUGAAUAUCAGAAGGUUGCAGCUCUCACACAGUCGGCUAGCCCAGAUGCCCAUAAAAAAAUUGCAGACUUUUUCGGUCGCGUCAAGGAUAAAGCCGGAGACGUCGAAAGAAUUCUCAAAGAAAAGGAUCGUCACGGUAUAUUGGCUAAGAUGAAGGAAGGUGCCGAAAACGUUCAGACUAAGUUGCAGGCCAAGGUUGAGAGCGUUGGGCUUAAGCCGUCCACUCUUGACGGCAAAGGUGAUGGCUGGAACAACAACGAUAUGUCAAGAAAUACCUUGAAAAGAAAUGGAACCUUCAAUGAACCAAAUGCUGCUAUGGAAGUCGCUCAGUUAUUGUUGAGUCUUUUACAUGCUUGGGGUAUGGACCCAGAUUUGGAUAGAGUAUGCGAGGGAAAAUUGGGCCUACUCAGACCAAUGGUGCCCGUUUCAUUUGGUGUCUUAUCCAAAGGAGGAUACAUGUCACUGCUACUCCCUACGUGGCAAACUCAACUGGAGAUGGCUGGAGAGCCUGCGACUCAGCUAGAGCAGCGUUUGCCAGCUGAAUUAGUUAGGCAAGAACGCCUCACUCGUGCUUUUACUGCACGAGCUCACUGGGAGUUAUCUACCACUUUGACAAGUAACCACUUACUGGCUGUUGUGUCCCUGGCAAACACUCUGAUGUCCAUGAAUAACGCAACGUUUGUUCCUGAGCAAGAGAGAAAUCGAAAGUUGCAUCGUCCAGGUAACAGAGUUGCGGUAAGCUGGAAUAAGGCUGAGGAAGAAAACGAAGAAAUUUACACUGUGCAACAGGCGCAAAUUAAGCAGGGCUGGUCACUCUUGGCAACAUUGCACUGCGUUCUCCUGCCUGAUAAGGUCGCUGCACAGGGUGGGGCAAAGAGUUUUAAGCGUCCCCAAGUUGAAAUGAUGGCUAGACGAUGGCAGCAUCAAUGUCUUGAGGUCCGAGAAGCAGCACAGGCUCUAUUGUUGGCAGAAUUAGGCAGAAUGGGACCCAAAGGUAGAAAGUCACUUGUAGAUAGUUGGUCGCAAUACCUGCCUUUGUACAGCACCCAAGAACCAAUCGCUCCACAGCCUCAAAACCAAAGUCCGCCGCCAGGAAGUCCAGUACCUGUGUUGGAGCAGCAACAGGAAGAUGAAGAAGAAGAAGAGGAAGGUGCAGAAGAAUUGAGUAUCGCGAGAAAACCAUCAAGUAUAGCCGAGCUUAAACGGAAGCAAACGACGGCAGUUGUAUUACUUGGUGUAAUUGGUGCAGAGUUUGGACAAGAUGUAACUAGCGCUCAACGAAGGGACAGCGAACAAAGGCGAAAGAGUUCCGUUGUCGAAGGAUUCGGUAUUGGCAAUGAUAAUCUUGCACGACAUACCAGUAUGGCCUUAACGCAUUUACUUCACGCACCUCAUUCCUCUAAGCUGCCAAUGCAUACGGCUCUGCGCAGAGCUGCUAUUGAUCUCAUCGGACGUGGUUUUACUGUCUGGGAACCCUACUUAGAUGUUUCCAAGGUUUUACUUGGCCUCCUGGAGAUGUGUUGCGAUGCAGAUAAGCUGGUGCCGAGUAUGACUUAUGGAUUACCACUGAAACCUCAGGCGGACAGUUGUCGCACUGCACGACAUGCCUUGAUGUUGAUUGCAACGGCCAGGCCGGCAGCGUUUAUUACUACGAUGGCCAGGGAGGUUGCCAGAUUUAAUACACUACAGCAGAAUGCUCAGACGCUAAACGUCAAUCUCGGAGCUAGCGUACUUGCCAGAGCAAAACCUGAAAUACUCAGAAUAGUGGAACAGCUCAUUGACAAAAUGCAAAGCGAGAUGAGCGAUUUACUCGUUGAGGUCAUGGAUAUUAUAUUGCACUGUUUAGAUCCAGGUCAUCUGAAAAUGAAAGCGUUGAACGACGUUUUCCCAGCUGUUUGCAGGUUCAAUCAAGUGAGUCACUGCCCAGCCACUCGCCGGAUAGCAGUUGGAGGUCGAGGGGGACAAUUGGCACUUUAUGAACUUCGAGGGAAUGUAAAAUGUCAAACAGUAACUGCUCACCAGGCGCCAGUUACUGCUCUAGCCUUCUCUCCAGAAGGAAAAUUCUUAGUUAGCUAUUCGUGUUCAGAAAACAAACUAUGCUUUUGGCAGCAGACAAGCAGUGGAAUGUUUGGCUUAGGAAAUUCUCAGACCCGAUGCAUCAAGUCAUAUAGCACAGCACCAAUAAACGACGUUGCACGUCUAAAUCCAAUGCGGCUGGCCCGACUAAUAUGGAUAAACAAUCGUACCGUUACAUUAAUGUUGGCUGAUGGUUCGGAAACUCGUUUCAAUGUUUAGAAAAUAUAAUUAUGUCAGUGAGGUUGAUCGAUAAGCAAAGUAUUCUCUCAAGUCAGAGUACAGGUAAUUAUAAAAUUCAGCUGUCAUGCCCAUUUUAUUGGCAUAUUUAUUUAGCCAUUUCCAGAUUCUGCUGCUCAGUAUCAUACUCCAAAUCCGCUGUCUAAGACUUUAUGUUGCCUUUUCCUAUUAAUUUCUUAUAAUCAUGACCGAAUAUUUCAUCAUCCAUUCCAAUCAUCAAACGCUUUUAUGUCAUUGUAGAGAUCUUUGAACCUUAACAUGGUUGGUCAUUUCUCGUAUUGUACCAUAAUUUUCUUGAGUAAUACAGGCAGGAAAAAUUCACUCGUGUAAUUCAUUCGCAUAUUCGUUAUUUAUUGUAUAUUGAGCUCCAAUCUCCUCUGGCUUGAAAUGUUGAACAAGAACCAAGGUUAACGUUAAAAAAAGCAUCGUUAUCAACCUCGAGUUGAAAGUGUAUACCAAAAUCGCCGCUCAAGGCUAUAAAUGUAUAUGUAUUAGAUCUAAUAUGUAUAUAUAAUCUAUUAGUUAAUUAAGACAGUGUAUUUAUGUUGGUGAUUACAUUUGGCUAAUCUCCUUAUUGUUAGCGACAUCUUUGACUCUUGAUUUCUCCAACAAUCAACUUCGUCGAUACUCGAUUUUCUAUGUUUUUACAAACGGUUGCUCGAAGUACGUCUGCUAGACCAAUGCCUAAAUAUGAAUUGAUAAAACUUGAUACCAAUACAGAUUCACACUAUGCAAGAUUUUAGGUUUAUCAACUUCAACUUUUACAUACAAGUACUUACACGUAGCAAUUAAUAAUAAGUAUUGCGGUUUGUGAUCAAGUUGAAGAUAAUUCACUGAGAGAAAGUAUUAUUCGUCAUUAUCUUUUUUUUGACCCCUCGAGUAAAGGUAAGCUCUUUCGAAUGUUAUCAUUGUACAAGAAAAAGGAAGAAGAUUGCCAGCUAAGUGUAUCGAUGAGAUGGAAAUAGCGAUUAUAUUUCAGUAUAAUCGUGAUCAAUUUAAUAUCUUUGUCAAAUAAUUCCUUCCAUAAUUAUGAUAAAUUGUGUAUUGUUGGUGGAAUUGUAAAAAUCCAUACCUGAAAAAAGGUGUUAUGUACCCCACGUCUGUACUAUGUAUAAUAUAGCUAUAUUUAAAUCUCGUUACAA